AUGCACCAACGCGUUUGCUUUACGAAUCCAAUAAGUUUUUUCCUACUAAUCCUGUUUAUAUUAGGAAUCGCUUUAUUUUCCACUAAUUUGAAACUAAUUUCUUUCSUAAGAAAACAACAUCAUAUCAAGGCGAGUGAMGACAACGUUGAAGACGAUCUGAGAGUGCAGAAGGUCACUGGUCUUAAUCAACACAUUUGGAAACUUACAGCAACAAGCAUAGAUUUUCUCUGCAAUGUUCCUUUAUUUCCUAAAGCUCCUGAUAAAAGAUUAAUCAUAAAAAGGUUGAAUAUUUCUUCAAGUAUUAAAGAAAAGUACGCAGAAAGACUUUUUGGGUUCUUGCASCCUUCUAGGUCWGGAAGAUACAAGUUUUCCAUUUCUUCACAAGAGGCCUCAGAACUGUGGCUCAGUCUUGAUGAUAAAUCUGAAAAUGCUAAGCUUAUUGCUUAUGCUGGUGAAAAAAUAGGUGGGGAAAAGACCAAUGAUACAACCAACUCUGAAUUCCUUGUUUCUGAAGAAAUUGAGCUGAAUUCUGGGAAGAAAUAUUUCAUUGAGGCAUUGCACAUUGGACAGACUGCCGUCAGGUAUGUAUCYGUACAAUGGAAACCACCUGGAAAUUUCAGCACAUUCAUCAGCAUCGAAGAAGAAUUUCUCUCACCUUUCUUCCAUAACGACUUUGACCUGAAAAAUGCCUUCUACGAUUUUGAAAUCCCCCCUGUCGUUUCAUGUGUGAGCUCUACCAAGCAAAAUCCAUUCCUUUUGGAAAAACAUACUCUAUACUCUAGCCACCAGACAUUUGCUGAGGUUUUACCAAAUUGUCACUUGCCUAAUCUUGGCGAAACUUUGAGGUUGGAAAGAAAGGAUAUCCAGCUCAGACAUUAUGAUUCAAUUGGUCGAAAGUUCUUCAAGGGAAUCCUAAUCUACCCUUAUGAUUUGGUUAACAUAGUUGGGGAAAGCAGUCAUUUCGUGCCCUCAGAGGAAUGUGCGUGGAACCAUAAUAACGCGCUGAAAAACGACAGUGUGGAAAGCAUCGUGAAAAUGUUGUYGAAUAGAACAAAGGAAAAAUCAAAACUUUUGGAAAAACAUACUCUAUACUCUAGCCACCAGACAUUUGCUGAGGUUUUACCAAAUUGUCACUUGCCUAAUCUUGGCGAAACUUUGAGGUUGGAAAGAAAAGGUAUCAAGAUCAAUCCAUAUAGUUCACUUGGAGAUAUCAAGAUAAUUUUAGUUUACCCCUAUGAUUUAGCAAUCAGUGUUGGAAGUAACGGUGUUAAAGACAUACUGAAGAAAGAUGAUAUGACAAGCAUCGUGCAGCUGUUCUUAAAUAAGACAAAGGAACGUCUAAAACUGAAUAUCGCAUUAAAGUCCAUAGUCAAUGUGGAAAAGUCGAGCUAUUUCAACGGGAGUCGAUUCCUUWUYGAGCUGGACUUGUCAACACCAUCAAACGACACCUUCCAUAUCUCUGAGUACAUCUACCAUGACAAUGACAACACUAUCUGCUUCCUGACUCCAUGGAAACGACAUGUUACGGUUACGUUUGUUAUAACAGCUAAAAACCAAGGCAAAUGGAUCCACGUUUUUCUMGACAACAUAGCUUCGAUGAUAGAACGAACACAAGACAAAAAUAUCAAGGCAAUUAUCUUUGACUACGAAAGCAAGGAYAUUGAUMUUCMAGGAGCAAUUGCUUGGCGUGGUCUGGAAGAUAAAGUGAAGUUCMUAAGAAAGAAAGGRCGGUAUUCUCGAAGAGAAUCUUUCAACUUKGCAGUUCAGCAAGUUACAGAUCCUCACAGCAUUGUGUUUYUGACAGACUUGCACUUAACCUUGGGUGAAGGAUUGGUAAACAAUAUCAGGAAGCAUACUAUCGAAGGCCAAUUUGUCUACACUCCAGUGAUCGUGCGACUAUGGGGAGACACAACUCCUCACAAUCGAAAACCAAACGAAGCGAACUAUGGCUACUACGAGUACCUUGGCUACGGGUUGGUGGGAAUCUACAAAUCGGACUGGGAUCGCGUAGGAGGGUUCCCCGACUCCUAUUUUGGAAAACAAAAAAAAUAUGUCUGGGGAGGGGAGGACUGGGAGUUUAUGGACAGCGUGUAUAAGCAAGGCUUGCAAUGUUAUAGGAUAAAAUGCCCGUAUGUGUAUCACUAUGCACACAGUAAAAAAGGGAUGUGGGAUGAAGACACGACAAAGAAGUAA